AUGACAACCAAAACAAAAAUAAUAAACUCAAGUAGAACCACUAACCCAUUUCCAGUAACUAGCACUAUUUUUACCACUUCAACUUUUUCUACUAGUGAAACUACUUUGUUAAAUAACACUUUUAUUUCUCCGACAGUUAGUUCAGAAAAAUCUCAAGGGCUAAAUACUAGUGAUACAAUUGCUACAAUUUCAGCAAUUUUGGCUCUUUUGCACGAAGACAGAGAAAAAAGAGCAUUAAGAGAUGAAGAAUUAGAAAGUAGAAUGGAAAGACCAACAAUAACAGUUAAGAGUGACACAGAGUUAAAUCUAAGUGGUAAAAAUUUGGAAGGAAAAUUAGAUCUUUCCCAUUUUCCUAAUUUAAUAAACUUGGAUUGUUCUUCUAAUGGAAUCACUAGACUUAUCAUAAAUUCUAACAGUUUAAAAAAACUAAUCUGUCAUUCUAAUCAGUUAACUAGUUUAGAAAUAAAAAGUAUCAACACUAAAAUGGAAAAACUUUGUUGCUCCAAUAACAAUUUUUCUAAUCUAGGAUUUCUGGUAGACUUACCACAAAAAAGUAAAGAUAGUUUGACACAUUUAGAUAUCUCUGACAACAAUAUCUUUGAUAGAGGUAGUUUAACUUUUAUAGAGGACUUUCCUAUUGGAUUAAACAAUCUAAUAGAAUUAAAUAUCUCUAAUACUGAUAUUCAUGGGGGAUUAGAGUGUGUUCCUGCUACUGAUGAUAACAAUAACUCAAGAAAAGGAUUUCGUUUUUAUUGCUCUAGUAACCGUAAGCCAGAAAUUGAUGUAAAGAAAGUUACCGAAGAUCAAAGUCAUGAAUUUCUAAGUUAUUACUUUAUGAAAUGGUUUAAAGAGACAAAACUAGAUAUUAAUGACAGCGAGAAUGAAAAACUACCAAUAUUAAAAAUUAUGCCAAGAAAAAAUGUAGAUUGCGAUCAAUGCCAAAAACAAAUUAGAGGCGAAGAAGUAUCCUAUUUUAGUGAUGCUGAAAAAGAUUUAGAUUUUUGCUCUGAGAAUUUUAAAAAUUUAAUUGCCAUUGGUUUAACUCCUAAAGACGCUGACUUUGCCAUUUUCUUAUGUGAUGAUGAACAAAGGUUGGAAGAUUUGGAUAGUGAUAAAUUAACAGAAUUAAGAAAAGAAUUUAACAACAAAAUUGGUUUAGAACCAAAUGAACUUGAUUUAGCAAUUUAUUUUAAAAAAAGAGAUAAAAACUACCCAAUAGAAGAAAGAGAAAAAAUAGAAGAAAUUCACCUUACUGAACCCAGUUUAGAAGGUGAGUUAGAUCUAGUACUGGCAAUUGAGAUAAAAAGGGUAAUGUUCUCACAUGGAGAAGCUCUCGAUCUAACUAAUUGUGAGCAGUUAGAUAAAAUCGAAUGCCAUGAUAACCAACUUAUUAAUUUAUCUUUACCUAAGAGUUGUCCUAAUCUGACCGAAUUAGACAUUAGAAAUAAUAUUCUACCUAGUUCUGAUUUAUCUAUAUUUUCUUCUUUAACUAAUUUAGAGGUUUUAAAAAUAGGCACGGGUGUCAAAGAAUAUAAGCGAAAGAGUGAACACGAACACUUUGAACCUCAUAAGAUUUUAAUUAAAAAUAGAAAAAAAGAGGUAGAACAAGGGACAAAAAAAGGUAUAUGUAAUCGUUUUUAUGGCAGUUUAGAACCCUUAAAAAACUUGUCUAAAUUACGGGAACUAGACAUUGGAAACACUGAUAUAAAUAGUGGUUGGGAAUAUUUGCCUACUAGCAUUGAAAAAAUUGAUUAUUCUACCUGGAUAGAUUUUGGUUUAUCACUUAAUGAUUGUGGAUUUGCUGUCUAUCUGACCAAACAAGGCUACACUCCUCAAUCAAGUUUCAAUUUAGAAGAAUUAAAGGAAAAAUAUUACAGCAAGAUAAGAAUCGAAGCAAAAAAAAUCUACCUUAAUGAACCUAGUUUGGAAGGAGAAUUAGAUUUGGGAGAUUUUACUUAUGAACAAGGUGCAAAAGUGUUAAUUUCUACUCAAGUAAAUGAAACUAGAUUAGUUUUUAGAAACAAGCCGGAAGGAGUCAAAGUUAUUAAAACUGUUCAAGAGUUAAAUAUCAGUAAUCAAAAUCUAGAAGGAAAACUAGUUCUAAACAAUUUUUCUAAUUUAAAAAAAUUCAAUUGCUCACAAAACCAACUAACCGACUUAGAUUUAACUAAUUGUGAGAAAUUAGAGGAAAUUGGGUGUUAUAGCAAUUCAUUAAUUAAUAUUACUCUUCCUACUAAUCACACUAAGUUAAAAAAAUUAGAUUUGAAUAGCAACAAUUUUCCUAACCAAGAUUUAUCUUUUUUAAUUCCUUACACUAAUUUAGAGGAACUCGAAUUGAGAAAUAAUAAUUUCACUGGUUCAUUCGAUUAUCUAAGCAAUAUGAGGCAAUUAAAAAGACUCUAUAUUAGUAAUACUGAUCUAAACGAAAUAAAUAUAAAUAAAUUACCCAGCAAUUUGGAGUUAAUUAGAUACUCUGUUGAUAGAAGACCAGAUUGCAAGUUAGUUAAUAUUAUUCCUCAACUGGAAAAAUAUGGUGAAUAUGCUAAAUGUAAGGGAAUAAAAAGAUACUAUGGAUAUGCUGGAAGCGAAGAUGUUGUUCUAAAAUCUCUUAACAAUUCUCAAAAUAUGACUUUAGAUUUCUUAACCGAGGUCAUUAAUAAUAAGUUGACCGCUUAUAAUAUCGUCAGAUGCCAUGGAAUUUCCCAGGAUCCCGUAACUAAAAAUUAUGUAAUGAUUAUGGACUAUAUGAGCAGAGAUAUUUACUCUUUCGGCAUCAUUGCUUAUGAACUAUUUGCCCAGGCUUAUCCCUAUUAUACCGAAUUAAAAAAUCUAUAUCCCGACUUAGAAAACAAUGAAGUUACUGCAAAAAAAUUCGCUUUAACUAUAUGUAACAAUCUAAGACCUAAUAUAGACGAAAUAAAGAUACCCCAAUUGUUAAAAGACUUAAUUAAAAAGUACGAAAAAAAAACCUUAUUCUACCAGCAAUAUCAAGCAAUAAAGGAUGAAUACAACGCUUUCUCCCAAGACACUCCUUACAAAAUCCAAUCUACAACUAUUACUCACAGCCAACUCAUUAACACCCAACAAAUUGUCCAAUUAUUCCAAGAAUCCCAAGAACAAGCUAUAAAAAAAGAAAUUAAAAAAAUUGAAAGAGAAAUCAAUCAACCUCUUACUGACGAGCAAAAAAAGUUAGUAAGUGAUUUUAUUCAAACUAAGAAACUAACCAUCCAAGAUGAAGCAAAUGAAGCCGCUGAAGAUAAAGCUUGA